CACCCAGGCUAAACAGAAACAGACAUCAACUUGGAUGUGAUAUCAAGGUGUGGGAUAGUUUUCAUUGAUUUUAAAACCAUUUCCAUCAGGAAUCAAUGCAAAUACUGAAAGAGUGAAAGGGUAACUACCUCUCAGAUCAGGAGAGUGUGGUGCUGAUGAGACUCACUGAGCUGGAGCUGAGAUCUGGAAUAUGAUGCUGUCACACCGAGUUGGACGAGCGUGUCAUGUGCUUGUGCUGGUGUUGUGUCUGUCUGCGGCUGAGGACUUCGACUGGUCAGCGAACAACCACGACUCCUUCUAUUAUGGCACUUUUCCAAAUGGAUUUUCGUGGGGCGCCGGCAGUUCAGCCUAUCAAACAGAAGGAGCCUGGGACAAAGAUGGGAAAGGACUGAGCAUCUGGGAUGUGUUCACUCAUAAGAAGGGAAAGACGUUUUUGAAUGAUACUGGAGACUCUUCAUGUGAGGGAUACUAUAGAAUCAAGGAUGAUAUUUCACUGAUGAAAGAGCUGAAUCUGAAUCACUAUCGCUUCUCCAUCUCCUGGCCCAGGAUCAUGCCAACUGGAAUCCGAUCUGACCAUGUGAAUGAAAAAGGAGUGAAAUACUAUAAUGCUCUUAUUAAUGAGCUGCUUGAACACAAUAUCACUCCCAUUGUGACUCUUUAUCAUUGGGACCUGCCACAGGUUUUGCAGGAGAAAUAUGGUGGAUGGCAGAACAUCAGCAUGAUUAAUUAUUUCAACGACUUUGCCAAUCUUUGCUUUGAACGUUAUGGGGACCGCGUCAAACACUGGAUAACUUUUAAUAACCCAUGGUCAGUGGCGGUGGAGGGAUAUGAAACUGGAGAACAUGCUCCAGGACUGAAACUUAGAGGCACGGGGGCCUACAGAGCAGCUCACCACAUCAUUAAGGCACAUGCUAAGGUUUGGCACACUUAUGAUACUCAGUGGCGUAAAAAACAAAAAGGUAUGGUGGGUAUUUCACUCUCUGGGGACUGGGGGGAGCCUGUGGACAUCUCUAACCAGAAGGACAUUGAGGCUGCAGAGAGAUAUGUCCAGUUUUACAUAGGCUGGUUUGCUACACCUAUCUUUCAUGGAGAUUAUCCUCAAGUGAUGAAGGAUUUCAUAGGGAGGAAGAGCGCUCAGCAGGGUUUGGGAACAUCUCGCCUUCCCACCUUUUCUUCUCAGGAGAAGAGUUACAUCAAAGGCACCUCUGACUUUCUAGGUGUGGGGCACUUCACCACACGCUACAUCACCCAAAAGAGCUUCCCAUUCAACCGUGGCUCCACCUACUUCUCAGAUCGGGACGUAGCAGAGCUGGUUGACCCACGUUGGCCGGAUCCUGGAUCGGAGUGGCUCUACUCGGUUCCUUGGGGCUUCCGCCGCCUGCUCAACUUUAUAAAGACUCAGUAUGGGAACCCCAUGAUCUUCAUCACUGAGAACGGGGUCUCUGAGAAGAUGCUGUGCACAGAACUGUGUGAUGACUGGAGGAUACAGUAUUACAAGGAUUACAUCAAUGAGAUGCUCAAAGCUAUCAGAGAUGGAGUGAAUGUGAAGGGCUACACCGCUUGGUCCCUUUUGGACAAGUUUGAGUGGGAUGAGGGCUAUUCAGAGAGGUUCGGCCUGUACUACGUGGACUUCAGGAACAAAAAUAAGCCUCGCUACCCCAAGGCCUCUGUUCAGUUCUACAAACGCAUCAUUAGGUUUAAUGGAUUUCCCAAUCAGAGAGAGGUUGAGAUCUGGAAAAGGAAAGCUACAGAGACUUGCUCCACCAGCAAUCAGCUCCUGGCUGCAGAGGAACAGCGGAAUACGGCUGCCAAUAUUCUAAGACUUAUUCAUGAUCCUUUAACCAGCCACAUGGAGAUGGUGACCGAGGUUGUGGUUCCCACAGUGUGCACCCUCUGCAUUUUGAUCAGCGCCGUCUUUCUCAUGUUCCUGCUCCGCAAACGCAAUUAACCAAGUUUUUUUUUUAAGGAAACAAAGCAAACUGAAUUUGGCCCUUGUUUUAUGGUUACUAUACUAUUUGCGUUGAGGAGGUUAAGGAUACUAGGGCUGUCAAUAAGAAUUAAUUUGGUAAUCGAAUAAUUGGUCGAUUAUUCCGACGAUUAAUCAAGUUAAUCAGGUAAUUGUAAUUUUUUUUGCAGUAGUAAAAAUAGACCUAAGCAAACAAUAGCCUUUAAAAUGACUUAAAAUACAGAUAUAAUAGCAAUGAGGCAAUAAGAAUUAAUUCAAAUAAAGUAUCAAAAGCAAGUAAUCAUGGUUUUAUUGAACAAAACUGUUAAAAAUACAUGGCCUGACGAUUGUUUUUGCGCUUUACUGCAUGAUCUAAUCCUUGUUUAAUAUUGACUAAACAACAUUUAAUUCAAAUGUCCACUUAAUCUUUAAUAUUUGUCCAUAUUCUUAUAACAGAAAUGCUACAGCCACUGCAAUUUCUUGAAUAUGUGGACAUCAAAACGUGUAAACUCAAAAGCGAGGGUUUAAACUUUUAUUUUCAAAUCAUUAACAGUUAGCAUAUUAAGAAAGAUAUUGAUGUAUUCUUCUGUGUUUGCGUAGGUCUAUAAAUGAUUUACCUUACUAAUCUCAUAAAACGGUGCACGUUGCGUUCCCAGAUCAGCGUUUUAAUAAACCCAAACUUACAGGAAUAUGCAAAGAUGGAGUCUGAGAUGCUCCACACAUGUAAAUGAUAACAGUUUGUGUGGAGCAGCAUUUACGUGCAUAACCUACACCUUUUUUUUUUAAAUCGAGUACUCGAAUUGAAUCAGAGAAUCGUGACAGCCCUAGAUACCAUGCUGAAUUUAAAUGGUAUAGGCAAUAGUUAUCCAUUUUUGGAUUUUUUUUCUUUCUAUGUGGGCUAAACUAGUUGUCUUAAAUCCUGUUGAACCUUAAAGUGGUUGCAUAUAUACCAUUCAUAGGUUUGGGGUCAGUAAGACCUAUUUUUAUUUUUUAAGAAAUUCAUGCUUUUUAUUCAGCAAAGAUGCAUUAAAUGGAUCAAAAGUUACAAUAAAGUUGAAAAAUGCUACGAAA